GCUGCCCCUCCUAUCCUCUUCUUUCUGCGGGGCAACGGACAAACGUACUACUUACGGAGUAACUCGCCGCCGGAGCAGCAAACACGCCAAGCUCGAGCGAGCCCCGGAGCUAGAGAAACUUAUCCCCAGGACCCGAAGCAAGCUUCACCGAAAAGGUGGAAUAGGCCCCCAAAGAGCGAAGGACUUCAAAAACGCUCACGUCGAAUCUGGCGACUCCAAAGGUCGAAAUAUGGACGACCUUUAUGAUGAGUUUGGCAAUUAUAUAGGCGAGGUGGUUGACUCGGGCGACGAGUCUACACAUCAUGAAGAAGUCGACCCCCAAGCGUUCACCUUUGACGAGGCGUUUGGUGGGGAGGAGGGGGACAAUGCCAGCGUAAAUUUAAUGGAUGUGGAUGAAGGUCCAUCAAAUGCGGUCGUCCUCCAUGAAGACAAGCAGUACUAUCCCAGCGCGCAGCAGGUGUACGGCGAAGACGUUGAAACCCUGGUUCAAGAAGAGGAUGCCCAGCCUCUUUCUGAGCCCAUCAUCGCCCCAGUCCGGCAGAAGAAGUUCACGAUUGAGGAGGCAGAAUUGCCUCCUGUUCAUUUCUCUAGGGAAUUCAUGACAGACCUACUUAGCUUCCCGGAUCAAACAAGGAACAUCGCCCUCGUCGGUCAUUUACACCAUGGGAAGACAGCUUUCAUGGACACACUCGUGACACAAACCCAUGACCUCACCGACCGGCUAGAGAAACGAACAGGCAGACGAAAAGAGGAACAACUCCGCUACACCGAUAACCAUUUCCUAGAAAGAGAAAGAGGUAUUUCCAUCAAAGCGGCUCCGAUGAGCUUAGUCCUCCAAGGCACAAAAGGAAAAUCCCAUCUGUUUAACAUUCUCGACACUCCGGGACAUGUGAACUUCGUGGAUGAAGUAGCUGCUGCAUGCCGACUAGCCGAUGGUGUGGUUCUCGUAGUGGAUGUGGUUGAAGGUGUCCAGGCUAAUACCGAGCAAAUAAUUAAACAUGCUAUCCUUGAUGGGCUCCCGCUGACACUGGUCGUGAACAAGAUGGACCGAUUGAUCUUGGAGCUAAAAAUCCCCCCUAACGAUGCCUAUUUCAAACUGAAACAUGUGAUUGAAGAAGUUAACACUAUCAUCGAAGGUGUACUUCCUGGGCAGGGCGAAACAAGACGACUAAGCCCCGAGAAGGGAAAUGUUGCUUUUGCUUGUGCCUCCAUGGGUUGGUGUUUUACAUUGCAUUCAUUCGCCAAAAUGUAUGCAGAAACUUAUCCCCAGGUUGACACAGCCGAUUUCUGUCGACGCCUCUGGGGUGAUAUUUUUUUCAACCCAAGAAGCCGGAAAUUUACACGAAAAGGAGUGGAAGAAUAUUCUACGAGAACUUUUGUCAAGUUUAUUCUGGACCCGAUUUACAAGCUUUACUCGCACGCAUUAAGUGAAGGCCCAGAAGACCUAAAAGAAACUCUUGCUAGUGUCGGGAUAAGUCUGAAACCUUCGCAGCUCAAAGCAGAUGCAAAGACUGUACUCAAGCUGGCCUGCGAGCAAUUUUUUGGCCCCUUGACAGGGUUUGUGGACAUGAUCCUUCAGCAUGUUCCUUCGCCUGCGGAGGGUGCCGCAGGAAAACUUGAACGACACUACACCGGGCCUCUCGAUACCAAGGCAGCGGAGGCUAUGGCUAUGUGUGAUCCCGAUGGUCCUCUCAUAAUCCAUGUCACCAAGCUUUUCAACAGUCCAGACGGUUCAAGCUUCCAUUCAUUUGGCAGAGUAAUGAGCGGGACCGCUCGCCCUGGUCAACAGGUGCGCGUGCUCGGCGAGGGAUAUACCCCCGAAGAUGAAGAGGACAUGGUGACUGCAACAAUUUCCGAUACAUGGAUCGCCGAGUCUUGCUAUAAUAUACCAACUACCGGUGUGCCGGCUGGAAACUGGGUUCUUCUGGGUGGUGUGGAUAAUUCCAUUGUGAAGACGGCAACUAUUGUCCCACUCACUCUGGAAGAUGAAGAGGCAUACAUUUUCAGACCGGUGCGACACAUGACAGAGUCCGUAUUUAAAGUCGCCGUUGAGCCUGUGAAUCCGUCUGAGUUACCCAAAAUGCUUGAAGGCCUAAGAAAAGUGAACAAGAGCUAUCCUUUGAUUUCUACAAAAGUAGAGGAGUCCGGGGAACACGUGGUUCUGGGAACAGGAGAGCUGUAUAUGGACUGCGUCCUACAUGAUCUCCGGAGACUCUAUUCAGAGAUGGAGAUCAAAGUUUCAGACCCCGUUACGCGGUUUUGCGAGACCAUUGUGGAGACUUCGGCCAUCAUGUGCUAUUCUAUUACGCCGAACAAAAAGAAUAAGAUCACGAUGAUUGCGGAGCCUCUAGAUGAGGGGGUCGCCGAAGAUAUCGAGAGUGGUUUGGUCAAUAUCAAAGAUCCAAUCCGGAAAGUAGCGCGCUUCUUUGAAGAAAGAUACGACUGGGAUAAACUUGCGGCGAGAAGCAUAUGGGCCUUCGGUCCAGACGAGAUGGGCCCCAACAUCCUACAAGACGAUACACUACCAUCGCAAGUCGACAAGAAAUUACUUGGAAGCGUCAGGGAUUCCAUCACACAGGGGUUCAGUUGGGGAACAAGGGAGGGUCCUCUCUGUGAAGAACCUAUUCGGAAUUCAAAGUUUAGAGUCACCGACGUUUCUCUCGCCGAUCAAGCCAUUUACAGAGGAGGUGGCCAGAUCAUCCCCACGGCCCGACGGGCAGUUUACUCCUCUUUCCUUAUGGCAUCUCCUCGCUUGAUGGAGCCACUAUACUCCUGCACAAUGACAGGGCCUGCAGAUGCUGUCGCAUCUGUAUAUACUGUACUUUCACGCCGAAGGGGUCAUGUGCUUUCGGAUGGACCGAUAGCAGGGACACCCCUCUAUUCUGUGCGCGGUUUGAUUCCAGUGAUAGACUCGUUUGGUUUUGAAACAGACCUUCGAAUUCACACACAGGGCCAAGCCUCUGUCAGUCUUGUCUUUGAUAAAUGGACCGUGGUUCCGGGAGAUCCGUUGGAUCGUGACGUCAAGGUAAAGCCUCUGGAAAUGGCACCAGCAAUGGCCACAGCUCGCGAUUUUGUCUUGAAAACUAGGAGACGAAAAGGCCUUGCGGAGGAUGUCACUGUGAGUAAAUUCCUGGAACCGGAACUAUGGAAAGGUUUGAAAGAGAGUGGCGUCUUGGACUCAUGAGCCGUUCUUCUGUUGAAGUCCACGAAGAAACAGCUGCAGAAGUCGUAACGGGUCAUUUUCAUUUGAAUGUAUUACUACUUGCGAGAACCCAAACAAGACAUUUGAAACGCGUAAUCAUGCGACAAAUUACAAAGGCCAACCUUGGGGAUAAGUAGUGUUGGGAGUGCGGAUUAAGUUGAUCAUUGGCAUGUUUCAAGCAUCUUCGCGAUGACGCCCAUUAGUGUCCCAUUUUCUAGUGCAGCAGCUACUCUUUCUUUAUCAGCUAAUUGCUUAUUAACUUCUU